ACAGUUAGGGUGGCAAAACACAAAAGAGCCUCAGGAUGGCUGUAGUGCAGCAAGGGACCGCAACGCUUCGUAAAGCAAAGAAAAUCACUGUAAAAACAUCUCUAGAUAACCCCUUUGUUUUUCAGUGGAAAACCAUAGAAGGAGAAGAUAUGCAUUUUAUACUGCAGACCUUAGAAGAAAGGAUUAAACAUAUUGGACUUAAAAAGAUUGAGACUCCAAGAAAGAAAAAACGUUCCCUUACAAAAAAACAAAUGGAAGGAAAGUGUGAUGCUAGCACCAAGGAACUCCCUAAAGAAGAGGAAACAGAAGGCCAUCGACAAAAACCAGGAUGGACUGACAUAAGUAUCAGAAGACAGCUUGCUAUUGGAGUUAAUGAAGUUACAAAAGCAUUGGAAAAAGAUGAACUUCUUCUCUUGCUGGUGUGCAAGUCUGCAAAACCUGCCAUGAUCACAUCGCACCUCAUUCAGCUGAGCGCAAGUCGAGCCACACCAGCAGGCCAGGUUCCCCGUCUCAGUGAAACAGUUGCACCACUUCUUGGCUUAACAUCCAUUUUAGCACUAGGCUUUAAAAAGCAGUCAGAUAAAUUUACCGAAGCAAUAGAAGCAAUAAUUCCAAAGAUACCAGCUUUGGAAGUGCCAUGGUUUCAGUACAGAACUGAAGAAUCCGUGGCCUAUGCACAUACAGAUUCUUCAGAAAAUCAGGAACCCGAGCAGCUUGCAGAGGCGCUGGGGGAUGAGCUCACAAGGCAGAAGCGGAAGCGUACAGAAAGCAAUCAGCUCGAUCUUUCAAAUGUAAUUUUGCAGCCUUUGAAAAUCAAGAAACUUGUUCCAAAUCCCAAUAAGAUAAAGAAACCACCUCGCAAAAAGAAAAAAGCUCUUUCAGCAUAACUGUUUUUAGUUUGGUUCUUCAUUUUAAACUGAUUUUUUUAAUGCGGUAUGGAGUACAGCUCUAACUGAAGUAUUUUGUUAGGCUUUACAGUGUAAAGCACUUGAAUACAAGGUGAACUUGAUGUUGCACUCAGUUGAUGUACUUCCUGCUUUAAUAAAGAAUAUUGCUCA